CCGCACAAACCUCAUGUCGCAUAGUGACAUUGAAAACUACAAUCACAAGUAAGAUCUGCUCAUCAAUAAGUGUCUUCGAAGAAAUCAUCGUAACCGCGCCAAAAAAUCUGAUGAAGGUGUUCUACUGACCAAGACUAUUUAUGAUCCGCACAAUACUCUUAGUAAAAAAGCGCAGAAUCAUCUUCUUGCUGACGACUUCGACAACCUCAUCGCUAAUGUUCCUUACUCUUUGAAUAAACAACAAAGGUGGAAGAUCGAUCCCGUCUCCUUGCUUCACAGAAGCUCUUCUUCAAAUCCGGAAAUAAAUGUUGUGGAACGCGAAAUCAGCCCAGUUUCACCGAAUACUCAUCCAACCAGCUCUACAGUGACGAAUAUUCACGUGCUAGAUGAUGAUGCAGUGACCACAUUAUCUUCGGGAGGAAGGAAAAAGACGUUAGAAUAUUUUACAAAACGUUUGGAUGAAAUGAGGGGCAUAAAGGAUGAAAGUGAUGCGGUGAAAAUUCUUUACAACAUUUAUAGUCCACCUCUUCUACCUCACAAGAAAAAUCGACGGCCAAAGCAGGGAAAGAAGAAGCGAAUAAAAGUUUAUGGAUCGAAAUCGAGGGACUCUAGUGACGAAGAAUUGCCUGAAUAUUCUGGGGAUUUUUCUGAUUCAUCUUUAGAUUGUAAGGAAGCAGAAGCAUAUCCUCGAAAUAAGACUCUUGGUGAUUUUCUGACCUUUGAAGAACCGAAAUUCUCCAAAGAAAAAGUGAAACUACCUUCGAAAAGCAGUGAAGGCUCAUUUGAGUUGAUUAUACCUAAACCCGCUCCACUUCUUGACAUAUCGGAAACAACAAAUGCUGGUCAUAUUUUCGAGAUAGUGGAGGUUGAAGUAACUAAUUUUGAUACUCUCAACCUUCAAGAAGAAGUCGAGCACUUACUUCCAUUUCACUGUGCCGCGGAAUGUUUCGAUGAUGGACGGGUGUCUGUAAGAAGCCGACCAAAUGACAAACCCGUUUUCGCACUAUUUUUUGAGAAACUCGAGGACAAGAAAAAGCUCAGAGUUAGAUUCAACACGGACACACCAUACGCUCCUCCAACUACAAAAAAGAUUAGACGAGUUAACACUGACAUACCAUAUCGUCCACCGACAAGGGAGGCUCUCUUUGCCAUAUUUCAACAAGAGCAAACAUUUUCUAGCCUUUUUCACAACCUGAUAGAUUUUAUAUUCGAUUCGGACCAACCCGAUGUGAUAGAAGACAACAGUAGAUUCAUAGAGUUCAAAGAAUCUUUUCUGCCGAGGACUAAUAGCUCGUCAAUGGCAGCUGCUGCUGUUCGAAGUGACAGAAGUGAUGAAUUAGCGUAUAUAGAACCACAUUAUAGUACAGCUGGCCCGUUGAGAUCUGAAGAAACGAAGGAAGCACUACUCUGCCGUCAGUGUGAAUCAUCGCUGCAUGAUGAUCUCUUUCAAACCAUGGAUGGAUUUUGGUGUAGAGAAUGUAUAGCCUCAUUUGUGAUACAUCAACUGCGGCUCAAUCAGUUUCCUCUUCAAAUUCCGAUUGUAUCCUCAAAAUGCUCUUCUAUCUACCUUCUGUAUGCAAUUUUACCUGUACCUGUAAUCUCACUGAUAAUCAAAAUGUCCUAUCGUUUCCUCUAUUCGUUAGAUCACCCUGACUGUGUAUUUACAAACUGCCCCAGAUGCUCAUUACCCCAGACUGUACCGAAAGGGAAUGAUUUCAACACAUGCUCAUGUACGGACUGCGGAUGCUACUGGUGCUAUCUAUGCGGGUGGGAACCACAUUGGCCCAUGACAUGUGCAGAAUACAAGGAAUGGGACAAGAAAUGGAGUGUUCAGUACUGGUACGAAAAAUACAAUCUGGAUAAAAAUGAACGACUUCUGCGUAUAAAGUGUUACUGCGGCCUACUAUAUGGCCUUUCUCGAUAUUGGUUUUGUUACUAUCAAUGGGCGUGGCAGUAUCGAGUGCAUCACAAACGGGGCCUAAAAGAGGGGGAAGAUGCGCAACCGGUAUUUCUGGAACCGAAGAAGCUGAUCAAGAAAGAGUAUGCUGAUAUAUGUGCUGCUGCUAGAAACGAGAGAUUCAAUGCCACAAAGGGGGAAGAAGUUGAGAAAGUUGUCAACGAUAUUUUUCCCGUUGAUGAUGCUCAAGGCCUUGUUGAACUGAGGAAACUGAUUCUCUUUAUGACUGAAAACUGCACUGCCUGGCUGUAUCUACAUAGGCACGAAGACAAUGAGAACCUGAAGCAUGCAGUUUCUCAACUCUACAGAGCUUACCUGACAUUCAAAGAACAAAUUCUCAAUCUAGGAACUGAGCUAAAUGUGCGAAGCGAGCAUCUGAGACAAGCCGUUGAUGAGAUGGUCAUAUUGUUUAACCGAAAACUGAGAAAGGACGAGUAUAUCGUUAUAACGUAAAUUGAUGAUAUCAUUAUG